ACGGCGUUAAUUUGAUAUUUUAAUUGGAUGAAUGCAGCAGAUUAUCUGGAUUUUCAGUGUACAUAACAAAAGCGUGCUGAGAACCGGAAACAUUGUCUACGGCCCGGAAAACCUUUAACGGGAUUUCUCACGUUUUCCGUCUCCCCGAAAUCAACUAGGCAUUACGGCGCAGCAGGUGAACCCGGCGGUGCUUGUGGUUCAGACGCGUUUAUAUAUCAUUAUAUAAGAAAUGGAUAACGCCGGUAAGGAAGAGGAAGCUCUUCGGCUUAUGGCUGAAGCAGAUAAGAAAAUGAAGUCAUCUACUUCAUUUCUGGGAGGGAUGUUUGGGGGGAGUCACAAGGUAGAGGAAGCCUGCGAGAUGUACGCCAGAGCGGCCAAUAUGUUUAAGAUGGCCAAAAACUGGAGCGCUGCAGGAAAUGCAUUCCGCCAAGUGGCCAAGAUCCACAUGCAGCUGCAGAAUAAGCACGACUCCGCCACCAGCUUCAUCGAUGCAGGCACUGCUUACAAGAAGGUCGACCCGCAAGAGGCCAUCAACUGUUUAAGUGCAGCCAUUGAUAUAUAUACAGACAUGGGAAGGUUUACUAUUGCUGCCAGACAUCAUGUCAGUAUCGCCGAGAUAUAUGAGUCUGAAAUGGUGGACGUCGAAAAGGCAAUCAUACACUAUGAACAAGCAGCUGACUACUACAAGGGAGAAGAUUCCAAAAGCUCAGCCAACAAAUGUCUGGUGAAAGUAGGCUUCUACAGUGCCCAGCUGGAGCAGUACCAGAAGGCCAUAGAAAUAUACGAACAGGUCGGAACUAAUUGCAUGGAUGACCCUCUGAUGAAGCACAAUGCAAAAGAACAUUUCUUUAAGGCUGCCCUCUGCCAUUUCAUUGUGGAUGAAUUAAAUGCAAAGCUUGCCUUGGAGAAGUAUGAGGGAAUGUUUCCGGCGUUUUCUGAUUCAAGAGAAUGCAAGCUUCUGAAGAAACUUCUGGAAGCCCACGAGGAACAGAACAGCGAGGCUUUCACCGAAGCCGUGAAGGAGUUUGACUCCAUCUCCCGCAUUGACCAGUGGCUGACUACUAUGUUGCUGCGCGUCAAGAAGACCAUCCAGGAGGAUGUUGGAGAUAUGAAGUGAAGGACGUUGCCAAUCACCUAACUAUCAGUGACGUUGCUUUGUCUGUACAUGUGUUUUCAGAACAAUAGGUCAUUAGGAUUGUCUCAACCCAUUUCUGAGCUGUUCAAAUCCUUCAUUAACAGUGUCAUGCCAGACCAGGGGUACAUCCAAAAUUAGUCCAUACUGAAUAUCAUUAGAAGCCUACUACUUGACCAUUAAUGUAGUACAUACUGUAUUUAUGCAUGAGAAUAGUAUGCAUGCACUUGGACAAACUGCAGUCACCUUCAUGUAUAUUACCUGGCCUAGACAUUUACCAAUAAUGUAGCUUGACCCCCUCAAAAGUUAAAAACGUUAAAAACUAUCAGUGAAAAAAUAUAUAUAAUCUAAGCGACUUAUGUAAUUGGGUAUUGCUUUCUUAGAUUUGUACAAAGAUGGCUUUUCCUUGUGAGAAAUUUCUGAGCAAGCAAAGUUCUUUGUCUCUGGUUGCAGCUCCUAUGGCCUUGUGGGAUAGCGUAGCGUUCAUCGGUUGCACACUUCGGAAUUUCUCAGAAUGUAGUAUGUCAUCCAGGUAUCGUUCGGCUACUAUCUCAUCCAUACUGAGGAUUUGGACGUACUGCUCACUUUGUGUACUAUAUUUUGCAUCCUAAUUAGCAAACAAGUGUGCGAUUUUUGGAUGCACCCCAGAGUUUGGAGAAAACAGGUUCUCUUCAAACUGCCUACUCUUGAGCCAAAACGUUCUCCACCAUGAUUUUUAUUUUUUAUUUUUUAUUAAAAAGGGUGCACUACUAAUCUACUAAUCUCAAAAUUACCCUGCAUUUCUAAUAUAUUUCGCUAAGAAGUUAAAUCUAUUUGGAAGCAAUUUCAUUGGGGUUUCUAAAUUCCAUUGUUAAAAAUAAAAUGCAUGCAUGUUUCUCAAAAACAAUAAUGGAUGUAAUGCCUCUGAGUCACCUGUUACAAUUAACUACAUUUUACAUCUAACUGGUGUAUUGUAUCCUGGAAGCAAUGCAAUCAACUUCAUGUGAAAGAAACAAGCCAUUUUUCAGCACAAGAGUACAGAAUAUGUCAUUUUAAUUACUAUUGAUAUGGAGAUCGAUUUCUCUCUCUCUCAUGGGUUUCUCCGUACAAGGUCAAUUGAAAAAUAUAAUCUCUUAAGGGCUUUUAGUGAGGUAGCUUUGGUUUAUCUUGGUUACAUUGUCUUUAUUUUCAUAGGAACCAGGCUUGUGAACAUUCCGGAAUGCCGAUCAACAUCAAAGACUUAUUUGUUUUUAUUAUACAUAAUAUAUAGAAAAUUAUUAAUAUAAGUACAGUCGUGUUGCUUAAGUGGAAAUGAACAGUAUUUUGUAAAUGUGAAAAAGCUUAUUUUUUUGUCGAGCUAAAGUUUAAAUUUUAUUUUGAUAUUAAUGGGUAUACAAUCUACAGUAAUGUAAUAAAUUUUUGCAUAUCACACAAAUAUGCAUUUUAAAGUUACCAUAUAAUACAAUAUGAAUUUGAAUCUAUACUGUUUUGUCUUUUUAAAUCUGCACACUGGGUUGAUGUAGUUUUUUUGUAUUAUUUCUAUGAUUUUAUAGGGAAAAUGUGCUCAGGUCUGUUUAAUGUUAGUGUUGGCCACUGUUGCCCUAUCGUGGCACUGUCUACAUAUUAUUGUUGUGCCGAUGACAUAGUGUUGGCAUGCAGUGUGAAAUGUUCUGAAUUUAUAUUUCAAACCUGACUUCCAGUGUCUGCGCUUCCGUAUCAGUCUCCACGUUUAUACCAAACUGUGCUGUUGUAAACUCAUAGUAAGCCUCUGAAGUUUAUUGUUAUAAAUACUGAAAUCCCAGAAUUGUGGAAAAAGAAUUCUGCCAAUUAUCAUCGAUAUCAAAUGUGUUUCCUUAAGCGAUGUAAUCAAACGGGAGGUUUUUUCAUUUGUAUGUAAAUUUACUCGCAGCCGAAUUUUUUAUGAACGUACUACAGCCGGCCCCUCUCAUCCGGCAUCAGCCUGAAGGCCUUUUCUCUUGACAUAAAUGCCGAGGAUGCAGUUUCUCCUGGGGAGGGUGGAUCUCAUCACCGGGGAUUCUCACCAGGGUGUAGGUUACGUGGAGGUCAGGUCACGAGAACGGGGGCAGUUGCUGACACAGAUGCGCUACUCUGGAAAAAGAACCUGGUUUCUGGUGCUUUCUAGAACUGUGCUGAAUUUACAGCUGGGUGGAAUUUAUAGUACGUUUACAAGAAUGUUGGGAGAAAGGCGUUUGUAGUAUGGGAAAGACUUGAAUCUAAGCUAUCAUUUAACAUUAUCGAAUCGUGGGCUUGGAACACAGUUGGUGUGGAUUUACGGGGCAGUCGUUCAGAUUUCUGUGACAUGUAUUGAACUUGUGUUUAUAACAAGGAUGUUGGAGAUCUGCAUUUCCAGAUUAUGAUGCUAACAUACCCACUCUUAUUUAGUACUGCGUUGAAGGAAUUUCACUUUGCUGUGGAAAAAGAUCCCUAUUGAACAUCUUCCCAAAUCAUCCGGUGAACACACUGUAGGAAGACUGGGAGAUGUAGAACCACUGAACAUCAUGACAAAUGGAACCGACCACUCAGGGCUGUCAGCUGAUAUUGGUGUCACUACAGAAACAUAGAUGUGUCGAAAACAUUCAUAUUCUUAUCUAACCGUUCAGCGGUUCAUCUGAAAUUCUGAAGGAAUCUUCAUGUUUCGAGUAGGUGCUGGUGAUGCAUAGUUCUGUCCUCGAUUUAACUGUGUUAGGCUGCACUUAUAUGCCACAAAUGUUAUCUGUAACUGUGAUAUUAAUAGCUGUGAUGCAUUAAAAUAAAUGAUAUUUACAAACAUA